CCUCAUCAACAUCGGUCAUCGUCAUCACUCGCAUUUAAGUAUUGUUUUGAUUUUUGUUGGCUGCAUUAUUAUUGGUUCCAAAUAUGUCAGUUUCAUGUGAGGAUUCUAGUAAGCUCACUGUGGAGGAAAAUGAAAGGAAACUUAUCAGGAAGCGAGGUAUUUGUAAACAAAAAUUAACACAUUUUAAAAAAUAUUUAGAAACAUUAGAGUCAUCUCUUUCAGCUGUAAAGAUUUGUGAGUUAAAUUUGAGAUUAUCUAAAAUAGAGGAAUUGUACACAGAAUUUGAUCUCAUCCAAUCUGAAAUCGAAAUUAUCUCCCAAAUUCCAGAGCAUCAGUUCACGGAGCGGGAGGAGUUCGAACUCACUUAUUUCGAAACAUUGGCAACUGCACGCGAGCUGAGCGGCCGCCAUGCAGAGGCUAAUGCUACGAGCAACACUACGGGCAGCGAGACGGGUACAGUACUUGCCGCACCAACAGGUCUGAAAUUACCCACUAUUAAGUUGCCUACAUUUUCUGGUCAGUAUCAAGAUUGGCUUGAGUUUCAUGACACAUUUACCUCUCUUAUACACAACAAUAACACAAUACCAAAUAUCAAUAAGUUUCAUUAUUUGAGGGCUGCAUUAAAGGAUACAGCGGCUUUAGUUAUACGUUCUCUUGAAUUUUCCUCGGAAAACUAUGAAGUUGCUUGGGACUUGCUGUGUGAUAGGUUUAAUAAUGAUCGAGUGUUAGUUAACAGUCACAUCACUAAUUUGUUUAAUAUGCAACCAAUUUACAAGGAAUCAGCCCAGGCUUUGCGGGGCAUAAUUGAUAGUACUAAUCGAAAUCUCAGGGCUCUGAAUACCCUGAAGCUGCCUACAGAUCAGUGGGACAUACUCAUUAUUCAUUUUGUAGCUGCUAAAUUGGACCCUAGCACAAAUAGGGAAUGGGAGGAAGAGAGAAACAAAAUGAAAGUUCUUCCGACCCUUAAAGAUUUUUAUGAAUUUUUGAAAUCUCGUGCGGACAUGCUGGAGGCUAUGGGUGAGACAAACCUCAAACCUAAACAACAUAAAACGUUUAUUACCUCUCUGCAGCAGAGCAACGCUAAUACUAGUACUAGUAGGUUUGCUUGUCCAGUAUGUAAAAACAAGCACUCAAUUUAUAAAUGUUUUAAAUUUAAAUCAUUUUCCACUCCUAUGCGAAUUCAAAAGGCUAAACAAUUAGAUUUAUGCAUAAAUUGUUUGCGUUCAGGACAUAAAGAAAGGGAUUGCAAAUUAGGGCCAUGUCGUAUUUGCUCGCAACGACAUAACUCGUUAUUACAUGGACAGCAGCCAAGUUCUACUUUGGAUUCAGCUGCAAGUACCUCGUCCAGCGUAGUCCUCGCAGCGGCUGCACCACAGCUCGCUGCCCCUGCAUCGUCGCUCGCACCCCCCGCAUCUGUCUCGUCUCAUAGUGACAUAACGCUGUCGAAUACAGGAGGUAAAGUUGUUUUGCUUUCGACGGUUCUGCUAAAGGUUAAAGACAAGUAUGGGAAGGAACACCAUGUGCGGGCUUUGCUUGACAAUGGAAGCACGGCAAGCUUCAUAACAGAAAGCUUAUGCACUAAAUUGCAAUUGCCAUUUUAUUCUACUGCUGCGUCGGUAGAAGGAUUAAAUUAUCAGUCUUCACGUAUAACUAAACGUUGUGAAAUAAAUAUUGCUUCACGCAUGUAUCCAUACAAUGCGAAUGUCAGUUGUUUUAUAGUCCCUCACAUAACUCAAAACUUACCUACUAUGAUAAUUGAUGUCUCAUCAUUCCAAAUCCCCUCUGAAUUGAAUUUAGCUGACCCGAUGUUCCACACCCCUGAAAAAAUCGAAAUGCUGCUAGGUGCUGAUAUAUUCUGGAAUGUUUUAUUGAACAACAACAUUUCUUUGGGUAAGCACAAGCCCACACUUAGCGAUACGAAGCUGGGAUGGUUGGUCUCAGGUUCUGUACCGAGUUAUCAAGGUAUCCCUAAGCACUUCACCGUCCACUGCCAUCAUUUGUGUGAGAAUCAACUCCACUUUGAGAUGUCUAAAUUUUUCGAGUCUGAAACAAUUAAUAGACCUGAGAGUUUAACUCCUGAACAGAAACAGUGCGAACAAGAUUUUGUUGCCAAUACAAGGCGAGAUAGUGAGGGCAGGUUUGUGGUAAAAAUACCUUUUAAAGAGGAUCCAGAUACACUGGGUGACUCAUACAUUUCUGCUAGGGCUCAGUUCUUAGCAGUAGAACGAAAGAUGGCGCGACAGCCGAUUUUACAGGACAGCAUCGGCUCCCUUCUUAGCCACAAGGUGCUUACGAAAGCUUGCUGA